GACACUUUUUGAAACUCUAGCCGGAGAUACAGCCUCUGAAUGGCUCCCAUCAGCACCAUGAACGGCCAGGGCCAGGGCUGCGAGCUGGGCCACAGCAACGGGGACAUCAUCUCACAGAACCAACAGAAGGGAUGGUGGACCAUCGGCCUGAUCAACGGCCAGCACAAGUACAUGACCGCCGAGACCUUUGGGUUCAAGCUCAACGCCAAUGGCGCCAGUCUGAAGAAGAAGCAGCUUUGGACCCUCGAACCCUCGAACACCGGUGAAAGUAUUAUCUACUUACGAUCUCAUCUGAACAAGUACCUUUCGGUCGAUCAGUUUGGCAACGUGCUGUGCGAGAGCGAGGAGCGGGACGCGGGCAGCCGGUUCCAGAUUUCGAUCAGCGAGGACGGCAGCGGACGCUGGGCACUGAAGAACGAGUCGCGCGGCUACUUCCUCGGCGGCAAUCCGGACAAACUCGUCUGCACGGCAAAGACGCCCGGGGCAAGCGAGUUCUGGACAGUCCAUUUGGCUGCCCGGCCGCAGGUGAAUCUUCGUUCGAUUGGGAGGAAGCGGUUCGCCCAUCUCUCCGAGUCGCAAGACGAGAUCCAUGUCGAUGCCAACAUUCCGUGGGGCGAGGACACCCUCUUCACUCUGGAGUUCCGUGCCGAGGAGGGCGGUCGCUAUGCCCUGCACACGUGCAACAACAAAUAUCUGAAUGCCAAUGGAAAGCUGCAGGUGGUGUGCAACGAGGACUGCCUGUUCAGUGCCGAGUACCAUGGCGGACAUCUGGCGCUCCGUGAUCGCCAGGGACAGUACUUGUCGCCCAUCGGAUCCAAGGCGGUCCUCAAGUCGCGCUCCUCGACGGUGACACGGGAUGAGCUGUUCUCUCUGGAGGACUCCCUGCCGCAGGCCUCCUUCAUCGCCGGCCUCAACUUGCGGUAUGUGAGCGUGAAGCAGGGCGUGGAUGUGACCGCCAAUCAGGACGAGGUCGGCGAGAACGAGACGUUCCAGCUGGAGUACGACUGGUCGGCGCACCGCUGGGCUCUACGCACCACCCAGGAUCGCUACUGGUGCCUGUCGGCCGGCGGUGGUAUCCAGGCCACCGGAAAUCGGCGCUGUGCCGAUGCCCUGUUUGAGCUUAUCUGGCACGGAGACGGUUCCCUCUCCUUCCGGGCCAACAACGGCAAGUUCCUGGCCACCAAGCGUUCGGGACAUUUGUUCGCCACCUCGGAGUCCAUCGAGGAGAUAGCCAAGUUCUAUUUUUACUUGAUCAAUCGGCCCAUUCUUGUGCUGAAGUGCGAGCAGGGAUUCGUGGGCUAUCGCACGCCCGGAAACCUCAAGCUGGAGUGCAACAAGGCCACCUACGAGACCAUCCUGGUGGAGCGCGCCCAGAAGGGGCUGGUGCAUCUGAAGGCGCACAGCGGAAAGUACUGGCGCAUCGAGGGCGAGAGCAUCUCGGUGGAUGCGGAUGCGCCAAGCGAUGGCUUCUUCCUGGAGCUGCGCGAGCCAACCAGGAUCUGCAUAAGAUCGCAGCAGGGCAAGUAUCUGGGAGCCACCAAGAACGGAGCUUUCAAGCUGCUCGAAGACGGCACCGACUCGGCCACACAGUGGGAGUUCUAGGGCGGGACGACGUCCCCACAGCCCCCAUCCGGGUCCAUCAGUAUCAAAGUAUCACAUUUCCCAUCCAAACUUGGAGGCCAAGUCUUGCGCCUCAAGCUGGAGAAGUCGCACAACAAUUUGAUCCUAAAGCGCAGAGUUCACGGAGACGAGAGAUAAAUGGAAAUAAUGGAAAACUUCAAGAUGAAAAAGCAAAAAACUUAUAUAUUUAUAUAUGAAAAGAUCUACGUAUACAUGGAGAUGAGAGAUUUUUUAACAACCUAUUUAGCUUUUUAUACGUUUUUAUACGAUGGGAGCAUCCAGCAUCAAACAAUAAGAAAUUUUUUAGCAUAGACAAGUCAAGUUUUGUCGCGAGUCCUUCCGUUUUUUAUCGAAAAUCGAACGUAAAAAGAAUAUCAGCAAAAAAUGGCAUAAUGGUUACACAAGCACAUCAUAUAUAACACUAUAUACAUAUUCGAUUCGUAAAGCUUAACGAAGAAAUACAAGAAAGAAAGAAAAAAAACAUCAAGAAUUAAAGAAUUGAAAUGGAAAUGAAAGCAAGAAAAUAAGAAAACAUAAAAAUCAACACAUAUUCCUAUAAAUUUAUUUAUAUAUAUAUUUAUAUAAAAAUAUUGAUAUGAAUGAUAAAACACUGACACGAUCACACUUUUAGCCCCUCACAUACGUACACACACACUCUCACACCCUCAACAAUCCACCAACACACUCACAAGCAAGCAAUUUUAUUAAACAAAAAUUAAAACAAAAACAAAAAAAAACAUGAAAUUUAGAUCCUAAGACAACAUUAAAAGAUUAAUCUGUAAUAAAAAAAAAAAACGAAAAAAAAAAUGAAAAAAAACAUGGAACCAUCUCCACACUAUAUCUAUAUAUAUAUAUUUAUCCUAACAUAUGCGUAUAUUGAAUUAGUUUUUUGUUAUUUAUUUGCGUCAAUUCUUAAUUAAUUAAUUAGUAAUCUUUUUUUUUAAUUUUCGCACUUGAAAUUGAAAACGAAAAACAACUCAACCCAAUUUAGUUGCUAAAUCUUAAAAUUGAAAUUUUGUAUGAUACAUAUGAAAUAUAUACAUAUAUAUACAUGA